AAUAGAGCGCAGGCUAAAGUGCAGUUCGGCCCCAGCGAGUCUCUCAGCGCGGCGUGUCUCACAGCGCAGGGGGCAGCCGGAGCGCCGCAGACUCGGGCGGCUACAUGAGUAUAUUGGGAAUAAAAUACUCCUGCCAGCUGACGCUGGACCCCAACACAGCAAACAGCCGCCUGUCUCUGUCAGGGGGGAACAGGAAGGCGACAGGGGGGGCAGAGCAGCCAUAUCCUGAUCAUCCAGAGAGAUUUGACUGCUGGAGCCAAGUUCUGUGCAGAGAGAGUCUGACUGGCCGCUGUUACUGGGAGGCUGAGUGGAGUGGAAAUGGAGCCUGGAUAGGAGUCACUUAUAAAGGAAUCAGGAGGAAAGGAGGGAGUUAUGACUGUGGGCUUGGAGCCAAUAACAAGUGUCUGUACUGUGAUACUUACAGUUACUCUGUCCGGCACAAUAAGAAACACACUGUCAUACCCAUAAAGCCCUCAGGCUCCCGCAGAGUAGGAGUGUAUCUGGACUGGGGGGCUGGUGCUCUGUCCUUCUACAGAGUCUCCUCUGAUGGACUGACCCCCCUGUACAGCUUCACCUCCUCAUUCACUGAACCCCUCUGUCCAGGGUUUUGGGCUGUUUGA